GCAUGAACAGAAAUUUGAAUAUAAACCCAAUGUAAAGGAAUAUGCACAUCUUAAACCUUAUUUUAUUGAACGCAUGAUUGGUUGUGACGUGACGACGGACAAUUAAAAGCGAUUAAAACUUGCCACUCGGCUUUGAAAAAAGAAAAAAAAAUUAACACGAGAUAAACCACUAAAAGUAAUGAACCCACCACCUCAAGAUGCUCAUUUGUACGUGCAAGGACAUGUGAUGCAUAAUGCAAGACAGCUUCAAUAUAUUCGUUCUUGUUUCGCUGCUAUAGCAGGCUCAGCAGCUGGUAUUCUGGGUCUUACUAAUCUAUCGGGUUUCUUAUUUUAUGCUGUGAGUUGGGUCAUCUUGAACAGCAUCCUGAUGACAAGAGCUUGUGGCAGCAAAAAGUACUUUAUCAAUGGAUACAAGGAUCUUGUGUUUGAUGGCGCAAUGAAUGCAUUAUUGUCCUAUAUUUUAUUUCACACAUUAUUAUACGGCCUAGUUCAUUUAUAUCAAUAAAAAAAUGGUGUGUCUUUUUACACUCCCCCUUUCCCGUUCAACAAAAAAAAAAAA